AUGAAUGAAAUACUCUCAGAGGCGCUGCAACUGUACGCUGCCGGGUACUAUGAUGCAGCAGCAGCAGCAGCUGCAGCAGCAGCAGCAGCAGCAAAAGCAGCAGGCCCCCAAGCAGAGCAGCAGCGCGAGUUUCUAUUGGUAGCAUGUGAGCAGCAGCAGCUGCUGCUGCAGCAGCAGCCGCAUCUGCUGCAGCAGCAGCACCCGCAGCAGCUGCAGAUGCUGAUGCAGCACAACAACCCAGGGGUCAAGGCGCUCGCAAUCUUUCUGCUGCUUACACGAUAUGUGCAGCAGCAGCAGCAGCUGCAGCAGGAGCUGCAGCAGCUAGCCACUCGCUGCCCUUCUGCUGCUUUCCUCGCAGCAGCAGCAGCAGCAAAGACAGAUCCAGUUGCUGCGCUGCGGCUCUGCAGCAGCUACAGCACAGGCGAUAUGCGUGCUUUGCGUGUGGAGCUGCUGCUGCGUAUAAACCGCGAAGACACCGCGACGGCUGAGCUGGAAUCCGAUAUUGUACUCUAA